AUGGAUCCAGAAAUAAAAUUAAUACAUCAAUUAAAAAAAGAAACUAAUUAUCAAAUUCCAAUUCCAAUUCCAUAUUCUACACAAUCCACUGAUACAACUACACAAUCUUCAGAUUCAACUACUAAUAAUAUGGAUUCUUCCAAUAAUAUGGAUACUACCAGUAAUAUAGGUACUACUACUAAUGGACAGGAUACUAUCACUACUAACAGUACUACUACUACUACUACUAAUAUAAGGAAUAAUGAAAUAAUGGAUGAAUUUGAAAUGGAAAGAAUAAAAUUUGAAGAUUCUAUAAAUCUUUUAAAAGAUGAAGCUAUUUUUGAUUUAUAUACAUUAAGAUGGGGACACACUUAA